CGAAGAACGUCAUGGGUACCAUCGCCUUUAUGGCAUCCUCGUCGACGCCGGAUUGCAUUGCGUCCACAUGCAACCUGCGCAUCAGCGGUAGCGCAUGCGCCCCGAGCGCCUCGAUAACUUCCAAAGAAGGGAGCAACUCGCGCACCCAGGUCAGCCGCCCCUCGUAGAAUGACUCGACCUGGAGAAACAACGGCGCUCCACCCGAGAGCCGUAGCUGGUUCCGCAGCCGAUCGCGACGCGGCCUGUAUGAGCUCACUUGGAGUCGGAUGUGGCCCCACAGGAUCUGGUCGGCGAGCAAGAGCCGAUGCCACCGCCGACACACGUGCAUCGCCUGGACCCAAGGGAGGCGCGCGGGUUGUCCGUCCAUGAACGCCACCUCGUGGAAGAUCCUCGUCAGGACUUCAUCGUGCAACCUGUUGACCGGAUUCAGUGGGGACUUCAGGUCUGCGAUUUGGGAGUAGUACCAUGCGAUAGAUGC